ACCCCGCGCGCGAGUGCUAGGAUUCUCGCGGCGCCGGAAGUCCCGGACACGUGACCGGGUGACAGCGCUCUCUUGGCUACAGGGCUCCCUUUAGGUGCUGCGGCACGGGAUGGCGGAGGCGCCUCCUGUCUCAGGUACUUUUAAAUUCAAUACGGAUGCUGCUGAAUUCAUUCCUCGAGAGGAAAAAAAUUCUGGUCUAAACUGUGGGACUCAAAGGAGACUAGACUGUAAUCGGAUUGGUAGGAGAAAUUACAGUUCACCACCUCCCUGUCACCUUUCCAGGCAAGUCCCCUAUGAUGACAUCUCUGCUGUUCAUCAGCACAGCUACCCUUCAGGAAGCAAACCUAAGAGUCAACAAACGUCUCUCCAGUUCCCUGCUUCUAAUAAAUCGCCCAAGAGCCAUGGCCCUCAGAGCCAACCUUGGCAGAAACUGAGGAGUGAAAAGCACCAGACCAGAGUCAAGAAAGCACAAGGUCUUACUGACCAGACCUCAGAUACAACUGGCUUAGAAAGCGUGGCCAACUCAGAGGGUGGGACAAACCCCAGAGAGCGCAGCCCUUCUGAGAGUGAGAAGGACGCUGUCGGCGCAGAUCCCAGAGGAGCAAAACCCAAAAAAGUAACCCAGUUUGUUUGCAGUUAUGGUAGAGGACCAAAAGUCAAGGGGAAACCCAAAUGCGAAUGGGGUCACAGGGCAACUUUGAAACCUGAGGAUGCCAGACCUGAAAAUACCAAACCUAUGGGAGUUAUCCACCCUGACUCUUUAGAUGCAUCCUUUAGAAAAGGAGUGUUGGAUGGCUAUGGGGCCAGACGCAACGAGCAGAGAAGAUAUCCACAGAAAAGGCCUCCCUGGGAAGUGGAGGGUGCCAGGCCACGACCAGGCAGGAAUCCACCAAAACAGGAGGGCCAGCGACAUACAAAUGCAGGGCCCAGAAACAACACGGCCCCCAUUCCAAAAGAUAAUCUUGAUGAAAGACCAACAAAAUCUGCCUGUGACAACGGGAACAUGGCCAUCAUCGGCAAGCCUUCCAAGAGGAUUGACCCAGAGAAAUGCUCUUUACGGAGGCCAGAUCCUCAAGGAGCGUCUCCUUUCCCCCGAGUUAAACAAAACCAUGUGCUAAAAAAUGUGGAAACACACACAGGUUCUCUUAUUGAACAGCUAACUACAGAAAAAUAUGAAUGCAUGGUGUGCUGUGAACUGGUUCGUGUCACGGCCCCAGUGUGGAGUUGUCAAAGCUGUUAUCAUGUGUUUCAUUUGAGCUGCAUAAAGAAAUGGGCAAGGUCUCCAGCAUCACAAGCAGAUGGCCAGAGUGGUUGGAGGUGCCCUGCCUGUCAGAAUGUUUCUGCACAUGUUCCUAAUACCUACACUUGUUUCUGUGGGAAGGUAAAGAAUCCUGAAUGGAGCAGAAAUGAAAUUCCACAUAGUUGUGGCGAGGUUUGUAGAAAGAAACAGCCUGGCCAGGACUGCCCACAUUCCUGUAACCUACUUUGCCAUCCUGGACCUUGCCCACCCUGCCCUGCCUUUAUGACUAAAACAUGUGAAUGUGGGCGGACCAGGCACACAGUUCGCUGUGGUCAGGCCAUCUCUGUUCACUGUUCCAACCCAUGUGGGAAUGUUUUGAAUUGUGGUCAGCACCACUGUGCUGAACUGUGCCACGGGGGUCAGUGCCAGCCUUGCCGGAUCAUACUGAAUCAGGUAUGCUACUGUGGCAGCACCCCCCGAGACGUAUUAUGUGGAACAGAUGUAGGAAAGUCUGAUGGAUUUGGGGACUUUGGCUGUUUAAAGAUAUGUGGCAAGGACUUGAAAUGUGGGAACCAUACGUGUUCUCAAGUGUGCCAUCCUCAGCCCUGCCAGCUGUGCCCACGGCUCCCCCAGCUGGUGCGCUGUUGCCCUUGUGGCCAAACUCCUCUCAGCCAAUUGCUAGAACAUGGAAGUAGUGGUCGGAAAACGUGCAUGGAUCCUGUCCCCUCAUGUGGGAAAGUGUGUGGCAAGCCACUGCCUUGUGGUUCCUUAGAUUUCAUUCAUACCUGUGAAAAGCUCUGCCAUGAAGGAGACUGUGGACCUUGCUCUCGCACAUCAGUUAUUUCCUGCAGAUGCUGUUUCAGAACAAAGGAGCUUCCGUGUACCAGUCUCAAAAGUGAAGCAGAUGCCACAUUUAUGUGUGACAAGCGGUGUAACAAGAAACGGUUGUGUGGACGCCAUAAAUGUAACGAGAUAUGCUGUGUGGAUAAAGAGCACAAGUGCCCUUUGAUUUGUGGGAGGAAACUCCGUUGUGGCCUUCACAGGUGUGAGGAACCGUGUCAUCGUGGGAAUUGCCAGACAUGCUGGCAAACCAGCUUUGAUGAAUUAACCUGCCACUGCGGUGCAUCCGUGAUCUACCCUCCAGUCCCCUGCGGUACUAGGCCCCCCGAGUGCACCCAAACCUGUGCCAGAGUCCAUGAAUGUGACCACCCAGUUUAUCACUCUUGUCAUAGUGAGGAGAAGUGUCCCCCUUGUACUUACCUAACUCAGAAAUGGUGCAUGGGCAAACACGAGUUACGAAGCAACAUCCCCUGUCAUCUGGUUGAUAUCUCUUGCGGAUUACCCUGCAGUGCGAUGCUUCCAUGUGGGAUGCACACGUGUCAGAGACUCUGUCACAAAGGAGAGUGUGCUGUGGAUGAGGCCUGCAAGCAGCCCUGUACCACCCCCAGAGCUGACUGUGGCCACCCAUGUAUGGCUCCCUGCCACCCCAGCUCACCCUGCCCUGUCACUGCAUGUAAAGCCAAGGUAGAGCUGCAGUGUGAAUGUGGACGAAGAAAAGAGAUCAUGAUUUGCUCUGAGGCAUCCAGUACUUAUCAAAGAAUAGCUGCCAUUUCCAUGGCCUCUAAAAUAACAGACAUGCAGCUUGGAGAUUCAGUGGAAAUCAGCAAGUUAAUCACCAAGAAGGAAAUUCACCAAGCCAGGCUGGAGUGUGACGAGGAGUGUUCAGCCUUGGAAAGGAAAAAGCGGUUAGCAGAGGCAUUUCAUAUCAGUGAUGAUUCUGAUCCUUUCAAUAUACGUUCUUCAGGGUCAAAAUUCAGUGAUAGUUUGAAAGAAGAUGCCAGGAAGGACUUAAAGUUUGUCAGUGACAUUGAGAAGGAAAUGGAAGCCCUUGUGGAGGCCGUGAAUAAGGGAAAGAAUAUUAAGAAAAGCCACUGCUUCCCUCCCAUGAACAGAGACCACCGCCGGAUCAUCCACGACCUGGCCCAAGUUUAUGGCCUGGAAAGUGUGAGCUAUGACAGUGAACCCAAGCGCAACGUCGUGGUCACCGCAGUCAGAGGGAAAUCCAUUUGUCCUCCUACCACUCUGACAGGCGUUCUUGAAAAGGAAAUGCAAUCACGGCCUCCACCACCAAUUCCUCAUCACAGACAUCAGACAGACAAGAAUUCUGGGAGCAGUAAUUUACAGAAAAUAGCCAAGGAGCCAGUAAUUGACUACUUUGAUGUCCAGGACUAAGGAGAUCAAGAUGCAGUCAGAUAAGAAAAUGAUUAGAUGUAGUGGAGACUCGCUUGUCAGCAGACAAAUCACGCUUGUCCCUCCCAGCCUGGCAGAAGCACAGCCUCACAUGCCAUCUUGUAUGGAUACAGCCAAAGCAUGAGCGUGUCAGCAGUUCCCUUAUCCUCUGUUCCCAUCUGCAGAAAGGGUUUCAGUGCAGCCAGAUCUCUGACUCUGUGGCCACUAGUUAUUCAAUCAUGUAUUUGAAGAGACUCCUCACACAAUCACUGUGAUUGCUUCCAGGCUUGCGGGAACAUUGGGCUUCAUUUGGACAAACCAGAAUUUUAGCCUGAGAUGGGCUGGAUGACACUUAGUCAUCGCCUGAGCCGUCCCAGUUACUCAUCCUCCUAAAAAUGCCUGCAACGUCAGAUGCACCUCGCUUCUUAACCCAAACUGAUCUCAGUCUUUGGAAAGACACAGUGGGUUUCUCAGUCUGAAAUACCAAACACUGAAUUUGUGUACCAGAUCUAGAAUCACACAUGUUGUCUUAAACCCAACUAUCUUAUCUAAGUCUUUUACCAAAAGCUCUCAUCGGUCUGUUUAGUUGAGCUUGAUUCCCAAUGCCAUCAGUUAGGAGAGGACAGGAAUCAGGUCAAUUUACAGAAUUCCAUUUUCUUGAGUCCCUAGCACCUCUCAUACCACAUCACUGAACCUAUCUAGUAACACUCACUUUACCCAUCCACCAUGAUGGUAGGGGCAUCAAAGCAAGCUCUUUCCUUUGCCAGAUUCACACUGUGGCCUCUGAGCUGACGUGUGUAGCCCUAAUUCUACUUCUCUGGUUGAGAAAGAUUCUCAGGUAGACUAAGCUGGCCUGUGUUGCUUUCUCCUAGCCCUUUAGCAGGCAUAUUGGCUCUUCCUGUCUCUGAGCUCUUGGCUUCUGUUGGGCUAUUCAGAAAAGCAUGUGGACAGUCAAGGGCUUAUGCCCAGUGGCCCACUAGAGGUGUUUUUAAAGCUCUUUUAAGACAAGCCAUCAGCAAUUACACUAAUUUGGCCCUCUUUACACUGACACUCCUUCACCAUAGUGGCUAGACUUCCAGCGACUUCCUUCUGCUCUAGACAAACCAUGAGCCCCAGAGCUUCAGAAGGAGAUUUGAGAAGUGGCAUCACAAAGCCAGGUACUUAAUUUUCUUGGGAAGAGCAGGGCUAUCCUUUGAUCCUCACCAGAAAAUCCUUUUCAAAAGGCCUCAGGUACAGCAGCAGAAACAGGCAACUAGAGGGAAGAGAUGGACAACUACAAAACCACCUUUGUCUGGGCCCAUUCAGCGCAGGGUCACACGGCUCCCCAACACAAAGGAAGCCAUGAGCAUCUGUCCUCUCUCAAGCAGUGGAUCCAGUGAGAGGACUAUAUGUGAGCAUCUGGGAAUCAGCAGGAGCCCUGGUUUCAGAAUCUAGCUCUGCCACAUAACACCUUGCCACUUCGUGGAAUGGAGGUAUCACCCACCUUACCAGGGUUGUGGUGAGGAUUAAGUGAGAUAAUACGCGAGGAGGCGCCUGAUCCAUCAUAGGUGCUGAAAGUUUAUAAAAAUGGUAUCUGGUAUCUGGAAAAUAUGUAAACAUCUUCUUUCUCCAUAAUACUAGCCAAGUAAAAGGUUAUGGAAUGUUAAACAGGCCUCUUCUGGUAGAUGCUCACAUGGCUAUCCCUUGCCAGCCUUGUGCCAAGUCUUGAAAUGGUAGGACUGCCAUUUGGAGAAGGAAAGAGGCAUCCUUAGCCUCUUUCCAUCUCCAAAGGUAAGCAGCAUGAGACAAGCCCUGGGGUGUGGUUUGUGAUGGGUUUUAGGGAAGGGUCAGUUGUCUAGAGUAGGCCAAUAACUGGAGGUGCAGAUGACAAGGCUGGAGAGGUGGACACAGGUCAGCUCAUGGAGAGCCACGAGAGGCAUCAAAGGAUCCUAAGCAGAGAGUGCCAUGGCCCGAUUUAUGAUCGAGAGCAGGAGUCAGCAAAUUCUUUCUGUAAAAGUUGCUGUUGCAAAUAUUCCAACCCUACUGUUGUAGCACAAAAGCAACCAUAAGUAGUACACAAAUGAAUGAGCAUGGGUGUGUCCCACUAACACUGUUUAUGGACACUGAAAUAAGAAUUUCAUGUAAUUUUUCACAAAAUAUUAUUUUGUUUUUUUUCAAUCAUUUAAAAAUGUGAAAACUAUUCUUAGCUCGUGGGUCGUACAAAAACAGGUCGCCUGGCCCCCCCAGGUCAACAAGGGGACCCCAGCUGUUUCUCAUGGAUUUGGUGGAUUC